AUGGCUCUCUUGAUCAGAUCUCUGCCUCUCCUGGCACUGCUUGCUGUUUUGGCUCCUCCUGCCAGUUAUGCUGACCCAUCUGAGCAUCUAUGUGGCACCCACCUGGUAGAGGCACUCUUCCUUGUCUGUGGAGACCGGGGCUUUUACUAUAAUCCCAAAGAACGACGGAGCAUUGAAGAGCCCCAAGUGAAUGGGCAUUUUCAGAACGGUGAGCGACAAAUGUCAAUUCUGGAAAAGACAAAGAGAGGAAUUGUGCAACAAUGUUGUGAAAACACCUGCUCCCUAUAUGAACUGGAGAGCUACUGCAACAUUGAAUCCUAG